AUGAGUAGAGCGAUAUGCAAAUCCAUACUAUUGCCUUCUCUCACUUCCACUCAUCUCCGGACCGCGCCGCUCCGAUCCACCGCGUCGAGGUCUUCUCGAAUGGCCGCCGAAGAUUCUUCUUCUUCAUCAUCGUCCUCCUCUUCUUCUCCUUCACCUUCCUCAGCCAUCGAUUUCCUCACUCUGUGUCAUCGUCUCAAGACAACUAAGAGAGCCGGAUGGGUGCGAAGAGGGGUUAAAGAACCGGAGUCAAUAGCUGAUCACAUGUACCGGAUGGGAUUAAUGGCUCUUAUAGCUUCCGACAUUCCUGGUGUAAACCGUGAAAAGUGUAUGAAGAUUGCCAUUGUGCAUGACAUUGCUGAAGCUAUUGUUGGAGACAUCACUCCUUCUGAUGGCAUCCCAAAAGAAGAAAAGAGCAGACGUGAACAAGAAGCAUUAAAAAACAUGUGUGAAUUGCUUGGUGGAGGGGAACGAGCUGAGGAGAUCCGUGAUUUGUGGAUGGAGUAUGAAGAUAAUUCUUCAAUGGAAGCUAAACUUGUAAAAGACUUUGACAAGGUGGAGAUGAUACUUCAAGCCUUAGAAUAUGAAAAUGAGCAAAGCAAAAAUUUGGAAGAGUUCUUUGAGUCCACUGCAGGGAAGUUCCAAACUGAUUUGGGAAAAGCUUGGGCUUUUGAAGUUGCAUCAAGGCGAAAAAAGCAAUAA